AUACACAUGAGAGGUAGAAUCUGUAGCAGAGGAGUAGGCUUGGUAGGGUGGAUGAAUAGUUUUGAAAAUGGUAAAUUAAAGUCACCACCUUUGGGCCUCCCAGGGGAAAAUACAUUAAGAAGGCAGUUGGAGAAAGCAGCAAUGCAGCAAGUCUUGGAAAACCUUCCAGAGCUGCCCUCAUCUACAGGAGCAGAAGAAAUAGACUUAAUUUUCCUCAAGGGGAUUAUGGAAAAUCCUAUUGUGAAAUCACUUGCUAAAGCUCAUGAGAGGCUUGAAGAUUCAAAAUUAGAAGCUGUCAGUGACAAUAACUUGGAAUUAGUCAAUGAAAUUCUUGAAGAUAUCACUCCUCUAAUAAAUGUGGAUGAAAAUGCAGCAGAACUUGUUGGUAUACUCAAAGAACCUCACUUCCAGUCACUCUUGGAAGCCCAUGAUAUUGUGGCAUCAAAGUGUUAUGACUCACCUCCAUCAAGCCCAGAAAUGAAUAAUUCUUCUAUCAAUAAUCAGUUAUUACCAGUAGAUGCCAUUCGUAUUCUUGGUAUUCACAAAAGAGCUGGGGAGCCAUUGGGUGUAACAUUUAGGGUUGAAAAUAAUGAUCUGGUAAUCGCCCGAAUCCUUCAUGGAGGAAUGAUAGACCGACAAGGUCUACUUCACGUUGGUGAUAUCAUUAAAGAAGUCAAUGGCCAUGAGGUUGGAAACAAUCCAAAGGAAUUACAAGAAUUACUGAAAAAUAUUAGUGGAAGUGUCACCCUAAAAAUCUUACCAAGUUAUAGAGAUACCAUUACUCCUCAACAGGUAUUUGUGAAGUGUCAUUUUGAUUACAAUCCAUACAAUGAUAACCUCAUUCCCUGCAAAGAGGCAGGACUGAAGUUUUCCAAAGGAGAAAUUCUUCAGAUUGUAAACAGAGAAGAUCCAAAUUGGUGGCAGGCUAGCCAUGUGAAAGAGGGAGGAAGUGCUGGUCUCAUUCCAAGCCAGUUCCUGGAAGAGAAGAGAAAAGCAUUUGUUAGAAGAGACUGGGACAAUUCAGGCCCUUUUUGUGGAACUAUAAGUAGCAAAAAAAAGAAAAAGAUGAUGUAUCUCACAACCAGAAAUGCAGAAUUUGAUCGUCAUGAAAUCCAGAUAUAUGAGGAGGUAGCCAAAAUGCCCCCCUUCCAGAGAAAAACGUUAGUAUUGAUAGGAGCUCAAGGUGUGGGCCGAAGAAGCUUGAAAAACAGAUUCAUAGUAUUGAAUCCCACUAGAUUUGGAACUACUGUGCCAUUUACUUCACGGAAACCAAGGGAAGAUGAAAAAGAUGGCCAGGCAUAUAAAUUUGUGUCAAGAUCAGAAAUGGAAGCAGAUAUUAAAGCUGGAAAGUAUUUGGAACAUGGGGAAUAUGAAGGAAAUCUCUAUGGAACUAAGAUUGACUCUAUCCUUGAAGUUGUCCAAACUGGACGGACUUGUAUUUUGGAUGUCAACCCACAAGCACUGAAGGUGUUGAGGACAUCCGAAUUCAUGCCCUAUGUGGUGUUUAUUGCUGCUCCAGAGCUAGAGACAUUACGCGCCAUGCACAAGGCUGUGGUGGAUGCAGGAAUCACUACCAAGCUUUUGACGGACUCUGACUUGAAGAAAACAGUGGAUGAAAGUGCACGGAUUCAGAGAGCAUACAACCACUACUUUGAUUUGAUCAUCAUAAAUGACAAUCUAGACAAAGCCUUUGAGAAACUACAAACUGCCAUAGAAAAACUGAGGAUGGAACCACAGUGGGUCCCAAUCAGCUGGGUUUAUUGAUGAUUCAAUGAGAACAGGAAAUUAUUGACAACAUGGAUCAUAUUCUUUUAUAACUUUGGAAGAUUUCAGAUCACAUAUAUUUUACCCAAAAUUCUUGGCUUCUCAGAUCAAUGUGAAUCAAAGCACAGCAUCAAGGUGAUUCCGUGACUUAAUGUUUCAACACACUGUAAGUUUCUUAAAAUAGCUUUGAGAUGAUUGUAGUAACAGUUUAUCCACAGUAUAUUUUCACCAUCUUGGUAAAACAGAAGUGACUUUCACAUAUAAGUCUUUAGCCUUAUCAUGUAACAUAAAAAUCUUAUUAUCUGGAAUAUAGUCUAUACUUAAUAUUCAUCAUUGACUGUAAUUAAUGCAGAUUAGACUCCUCAUAAAAUGAAAUGAUGCAGUUUAGUUCAGUGUAGGUGCAAAUGCUGAAGAAAAUAAAUUUAGGAAAGUUCAUUGUAUCUCAAUGAAGAAUCACUGAAUUUGAAAUCCAAGUUUCAUCUGAGUUUGCAGGAACAGCAAGGCUCUGCUGAGUCAAGGAUGCCCAGAGGCUCCAUCCAAGAUUCUUAGGUAAUGUGACAAGGAGUAUGUACUUCUCUUGUGGCAAAAGGCCAGAUAAUAGAUAUUUAUAACAAUUUUAUUGAAAGGAAAAUGAUUUACAGAGAUGUUGAAUGGUUGGUAAUAAGUAAAAUACACAUACACAUGCAUGUGUUUUUGUGAAACAUGGGCUGCCAUAUAAAUACAAGGUCUCCUUGUGGACAAAUGAGUGUUCACAUGCAGCAUUCAGGGCAUGACUAUAUAACUAAAGAUUAUAUCUGUAUUUUUCAUGUUCAAAUGUACCAAUACCAGUAGAAGUGAUGUCCCUAAGUAAGUCAUUUAUCUGUUACUAGUGGAAUAUACUUGAUGCCCUACAAGUAGGAUUUUCAUCUUCAUUACAACUAUGCUUUUAUGCAGUCUCCAUUUUGUUGAUAUUUAAAUAAUACCAAAUGUCAAAUAACAUCAGGGCUAUUUUGGCCAACUCUAUAUAAUUGCUGACCAUAGCUUUCUAAAAUAUGUCAGAAACCCAGUAUGACUACAGUAAUAGUCUACACCAUAGACUACAAUCUAGUAAAUCUAAUUCAUUUAUAAAACCCUGUAAGUUUCCUUUAAAAUAGCAAGUUAUUAAAUUUAGAAAAUAACCCAAAUUAACAAAACUCUAGUAUGACAGUUUAUGGCCAAAUACUGCUUUGACCCUGAUAUCUCAAUGACUAUAAAAAAUGAUUUUUACUUUUAAAAUUCAUUAAGAUGGCACUUAUUUUUAUGUAUGAGAAAAGUGUCAAGAUCCAGUGAUUGGAGUUAAUUUUAAAGAUGGAUAGCCAUAAAAUAAGACAGUUAUUUUAAAUUGGCAAACUCAAAAGAUAAGUUUUGAAAAUUGCUCAAAAAUAAUCUUACAUUUUACUUUUAUGACUUUUGAAAUAAUACUCCAGUAAAUCACAUGCUAGAGAGCCAACAAUUUUGUAGUAAUGGAUCUUUAUACUAAAUGUGGAAAAGGCAAUCCUAAAGUUUUAUGUACAUAAAUAGUUCAUUUUUUAAAUGUUUGAGUUGCUAUAUAUAUGUGUGUAUAUAAAUAUACAGCUAUGCGUAUAAUCUGUAACAUGCUCCCAAAUUACAUGAAUAAUAAAAUUAUUCACCCUUAUGUUAUAGCUACUGUUCUGAAAUUUUUAAUUACUUCCAAGUUUCUAGACAUUUUGAAAUUGAUUGUUUUAAAAGACCUUGGUUCCACCUUGAAGCUGAUAACUAACUUCCUUUGUAAAAAAGAAUAUGAGAAAUUAAACUCAGAUAAUUAUCAUUCAUUAUUAUAAUUUCCUUAAGGAAAAAAGAAACAGUUAUGGAUGGGACCCUCUUGGGAAAUACUUAUUCAAAUCUCCCAGUGAAUUUGUAAUAUAGUUCAGGAGGCUUACAGAUUAUUGCAGACACCUUUCUUGUUUCAAGGGAUUUGCUUUGAAGAUUUAUGUAAUAACCAUGUAAUGUAUUUUGAGUUCUUGGAGAUACUCUCAGUAUUUAAAUUAGAUCACUGAAUAUCAUGCAAGUGACCACUGACAAAUUUUUAAGAAUACGUUUGACUAAUAUAUCAUUUUUUAUGUAAUUAUAUGUGAUAUAGUUGAUGAAGAUGACAAGU